AUGUCUAGCACAGCAUCAUUGCCACCAUCACCACCAAGAUCGCCGCUGAAGCAGGAAAACACGGACCCUCAGUUGCAUACUAUCCUUCCAAGGCGACCGCUUCCACAGCCAGAGACACAAUCUCCAUGGACCCUGGCUCCCAUUACAAGGCGCGAGUCCAGCGAUGGGCCUCUGCCUGGCCUAAGUAGCAUACUCCAGGUGCCAAGGACACCACCAGCGUCACAUCCUAUGCAGGGAAUCUCCCAAAGCCUGAGUACUUUCAAGCUGAGCCCAUCUCCCGACCUUGCCGCCAGCCUUGACUAUAGCUAUGCACGCCCGUCGCGGGAGCGUUUGCCUGUAGAUCCCAUCAGCCAUCACCUGAUGGAGCAACGGCGGGAAAGAGAGAACUACCUGCAAGAGGAGAUGAGGUACUCGGCGUCAGCUCAGCAUACCUCUCAGCGCGUCUCACCUCCAAACAUUUUAAGAACAGCAGCGUCCAACAAUCGAUAUGCUCACCGGUACAGUCCCUAUGCCUCCUCGGAGCAAUUCAGCCCCAAAGACCCCGGCAGGAAAAUGAGGCGAAACGAUGUGCCUCAUAACAAUCAGAGAUAUGCCCAAGAAGAAAAACACUUUAUCCGAUACCUCAAGAUUGACUGCGGUAGACCUUGGGACGACAUUGAAUACACAUUCCAGCAUGUCUUUCCAGCAGACGACAUGAAGCGACGCCGCACUCAAGGUGUCCAAGGCAUUUUCUACCGAGAAAACAAGGGUCUUCCAAGACUGGAUCCCGAAACCAACUCUGUUGUCUACAUGCCCAAUGGGCACAUGGCGAGCAAGGAGCUCAAGUGCAGAGAACAAAAGGCAGAAGAGACCUUGUUCAUGGAAUCGUCGGGAACAAACAAGCCCUUUGGUCUUCUCAAUUUGUUCCCGGAAGCCGCUCUCAGCUAUGGUUGGGUACGAGAGGAGGACAAGCGACGGAUUGCUGGCCUCGCGGCCCGACGACGAGAAGAAAGGCUGGCAGCUCGCAGCAGAGCCGAGCAGACGGGGUCUUUUGAAGAAAUCUCGCAGAAUGGGAACUGUGCCUGCUGUCUCGACUACAAGCGGGAAAAACUAUCUUCUACCAGACGAGGCAGUUUGCCGGGCACUGAUUGA